CGGACGCUCGCUAAGGCUCGGCGCGCCGGCGGUCCUCGGCCGCUCUGGGGACCUGAGGGACGCGCGGCCGCCUGCGGGGCCAGCGGCGCUGUCCGGGAGAGCCCGGAGGCCGGCGGUGAGAUAAUUUCAACAAGAAAGAAAUCACUCUCCUCCUAAGAUGGAAUCUGUGAUUUGGGAAUGUGGUUGAUCGACUUGAUAUGCUGGCCAGAUGUGCCCUAUGUAAUAAAAUGAAAAGAAGAUACAAGAUGAUGUCAUUUUCCCAUAUUGUGAAACCAAAAACAAAUGCCCUUUGUGAGACCAGGUUAACAGUCCUUUGACAGUACAGGGAGUUUUUGACUGAGGAGCCUAACAUACAGAAGGGGUAUUUUCAAGCUUAGGCCUGCAGGCGUAUACUGAUCUAAAACACAUCCUCAUCUGAUCCAGGAAGAAUGGCUGUGAGCUGGAUUGUCUUUUAUCUUUGGCUCUUGACUGUGUUUCUGGGGCAGAUAGGCGGGCACAGUUUGUUUUCUUGUGAACCUAUAACCUUGAGGAUGUGCCAAGAUUUGCCUUACAAUACUACCUUCAUGCCUAAUCUUCUGAACCACUAUGACCAACAGACUGCAGCAUUAGCAAUGGAGCCAUUCCACCCUAUGGUGAACCUGGAUUGUUCUCGGGAUUUUCGGCCAUUUCUUUGUGCACUCUAUGCCCCUAUUUGUAUGGAGUACGGACGCGUCACACUUCCCUGCCGUAGGCUGUGUCAGCGUGCCUAUAGUGAGUGUUCAAAGCUCAUGGAGAUGUUUGGUGUCCCCUGGCCUGAAGAUAUGGAAUGCAGUAGGUUUCCAGAUUGUGAUGAGCCAUAUCCCCGACUCGUGGAUUUGAAUUUAGUUGGAGAUCCAACUGAAGGAGCCCCAGUGGCAGUGCAGAGGGAUUAUGGUUUUUGGUGUCCCCGAGAGUUGAAAAUUGAUCCUGAUCUUGGCUAUUCCUUUUUGCACGUGCGAGAUUGUUCACCACCAUGUCCCAAUAUGUACUUCAGGAGAGAAGAACUGUCAUUUGCUCGCUAUUUCAUAGGCCUGAUUUCAAUCAUUUGCCUCUCUGCCACAUUGUUUACUUUUUUAACCUUUCUAAUUGACGUUACAAGAUUCCGUUACCCUGAAAGACCUAUCAUAUUUUAUGCAGUCUGCUACAUGAUGGUGUCAUUAAUUUUCUUCAUUGGGUUUUUGCUCGAGGACCGAGUAGCCUGCAAUGCAUCUAGCCCUGCACAGUAUAAGGCUUCUACAGUGACACAAGGAUCUCACAAUAAGGCCUGUACCAUGCUCUUUAUGGUACUCUAUUUUUUCACUAUGGCUGGCAGUGUAUGGUGGGUAAUUCUUACCAUCACCUGGUUUUUAGCAGCUGUGCCAAAGUGGGGCAGUGAAGCUAUUGAGAAGAAAGCAUUGCUAUUUCAUGCCAGUGCCUGGGGCAUCCCUGGAACUCUAACUAUCAUCCUUUUAGCGAUGAAUAAAAUUGAAGGUGACAAUAUUAGUGGCGUGUGUUUUGUCGGCCUCUACGACGUUGAUGCGUUAAGAUAUUUUGUUCUUGCUCCCCUCUGCCUGUAUGUGGUAGUUGGGGUUUCUCUUCUUUUAGCUGGCAUUAUAUCCCUAAACAGAGUUCGGAUUGAAAUCCCAUUAGAAAAGGAAAACCAAGAUAAGUUAGUGAAGUUCAUGAUCCGGAUCGGUGUUUUCAGCAUCCUCUACCUUGUACCACUCUUGGUUGUAAUUGGAUGUUACUUUUAUGAGCAAGCUUACCGCGGCAUCUGGGAAACAACAUGGAUACAGGAACGCUGCCGAGAAUAUCACAUUCCAUGUCCGUACCAGGUUACUCAGAUGAGUCGUCCAGACCUGAUUCUCUUUCUGAUGAAGUAUCUCAUGGCUCUCAUAGUUGGGAUUCCCUCUAUUUUUUGGGUUGGAAGCAAAAAGACAUGCUUUGAAUGGGCCAGUUUUUUCCAUGGGCGUAGGAAAAAAGAGAUAGUGAAUGAGAGCCGGCAGGUGCUCCAAGAGCCUGACUUUGCUCAGUCACUCCUGAGGGACCCAAAUACUCCAAUUAUAAGAAAAUCUAGAGGAACUUCCACUCAAGGCACAUCCACACAUGCUUCUUCAACUCAGCUGGCCAUGGUGGACGAUCAAAGAAGCAAAGCAGGGAGUGUCCACAGCAAAGUGAGCAGCUACCACGGCAGCCUCCACAGGUCACGUGACGGCAGGUACACUCCCUGCAGUUACCGAGGGAUGGAGGAGAGACUACCUCACGGCAGCAUGUCACGGCUCACGGAUCACUCCAGACACAGUAGCUCGCAUCGGCUCAACGAGCAGUCCCGCCACAGCAGCAUCCGAGACCUCAGUAACAACCCCAUGACUCACAUUACACAUGGCACCAGCAUGAACCGUGUUAUUGAAGAGGAUGGAACCAGUGCUUAGUCUUGUCCAAGGUGAAAUGUGUGCUGUUCAAAAGCAGGUUUUAGUCUUUGCCUUUGCAUGGCUGGCUGCGGUAACUCCCUGUCUGCUUUCUCGGGCAGAGUGUGCACACUGGGAAAGUAGGUCUUUGCUUGUUGUAUCACGUCAACCUUGGGAUAUGAACACAUCCAAAAUACUAAGAAUCAUAUCCUCACAAAAGUAAUUCUUUCUAGGCUGUGAAGAGAUGACUGUCUGGUGAGCAUUUUUAUAAACCCGCUUAUUUUAUAUCUAGAAAAAUCCUCUAUGUGUGGUAACUGCUUUGUAGUGAAUUUUCAUAUAAUAUGAACUAGUUGUGAAAUGACAUUCUGGUAGCUCUGUUAAUAAAACAAAGUUUCAGAAUUAAAGAAAAUUUCUAUGCAAGGUUUAUUUCUCAGAUGAAUACUAGGACUUUGUAGGUUUAUUUCCACAGAGUGAAAAAAGGAACUGUUUUUAAACUGUAGAAGACUUUGAUAAGCCAACAAGGGUAUUUUAGCUAAUGAGAUAACAGUGCCACAGAAGAUCUGGUUGUCCUGUAGGAGGUUCUCUCAAAAUCUGUCAAUCUUCCCCCAAAUAUGCAGGCUGUGGAUGAGCACUGGAGCAAAGGCAGAGAGGUGCAUUUCCCCUGUAACUGGUUUGGGUUUUGUUUUGUAAAUAUUCCUUUUAUGGGCUAUGCUUUUAUAAUAUCCAUAUGCAUGAUAGAAACAUUUUAAUUUGUGGCCAUUUUUCCCAGGAAAUAGUAGACAAUUUCACGUUCAUAUGUUCUGUGGAAGCAUGCAGUAAGAUAAGCAUCACACAUUAUAAGGGGUUUUAGUGGUAAACAAAUUACAAAUGGCAAAAUAUUUUCUGUGUAUUCAUUGUUGUAUUUUUCUACAGUGAGAUGUGAUCUUGCCAAAGCCAUCAGACCUUGGUCCCCAGGCCCUCCUAUAGCGAGCUGAUUGUCUGCACCGAAUUCCCCAGUAGCCAGUUGGCUACAGCUUUUGCCCCACAUCCCUAUUUUCUGAAUUACUGUGGUUUACAGCUGGAAUAUAUACUCUAAGUCCAGAAUGGCGAUUGAUUGGGUUCUUGAAAACCAUUUUACUAAGUGGAGCAUGGUUACUCUUCUGUGAAUACCAUUUAAUCUUAAAAAUAUCAAGUAAGAACCUCUUGAUAUUUUAUCUUGUAAAGCUUAAAUGAUUUAGGACAUGAACUGUGAGCUUUAUUUGUAUGAAAUUAAUCAGAAAGAAAAAUUCUUGAAAAUGCUAAUACGUUAUUCAGAAAAUAUAAGUGAUUCUCGGCCCUGAUUGCAGGUACAAAUCACUCUGGAAAUUCUCAAUAGCCAACAUCUUUCUGUCAGGUUUGAGUUGAUGCUUUAAAAACACACAAACAGCUUUCCAGGUGAUUGUCAGUGUAGCCGGGUUGAAGCUGUUCUUUUAAGCUCCCUUUCCCCUAAGGAUGGGCUGAUGGCAUCUCAUUCGAAUAUGGAAGAUGGAGCCAGACUCAGUGAAAUAUCUGUAUUGUUUCCUGAUAUGCAGUUGUUUCUUACUCUGUUAGAAUCCACUACAAAAUGCAAAAUUCUCAGCUCUCAUCUCUAGAGAGUCUUACUCAAUAAAUCAAAGGCAGUAGGAUUUCACAAAUCUGUAUUUCUAAAAAUACCACAGAAGAGUCUCAGCAGGUUAUCCAAGAAUCACACUCAGAGAAAAAAAAAAAUGCCCUAGACUCUGGAGAGGUCUGGCUUUGCCAUAUGCUAGUUUUCAACUUUGAACAAGUCAGCCUCCAUGAACCUAGCUCCUCUUGUUUAAAGAUGAAGAUUGAAGAUAAAUAUCUCCUCUACCUACCUCACAAAGUUGUCAAAUUUGAGAUCAAAUGAAAACAACAGUCUGGAAGCUCUUUGAAACUGUGAAGUGUUGUGAAAUGUGCAGGGUUAAGAUUCUUGAGGGCUACAGAGCUUUAUUGGAGGUCUACUGUAGUACAUUUCUCGACACAUACUUAAUCUGUGCGUCUGCUUCUCUCGUCCUUUAACAUUGAGAGUGCCCACAUGACAGAACGCCAGUUUCCUGAUUAUCAUGAUUCAGUUUCCUGAAUCAUGAUUUAUUUGUGUCAUGCUGCUUCUUCGAAGUCUGUAUCAGUAGAGAUUACCCAUUCUUCAUAAGACACAUUUGAGCAUUUGGCCCCAAAUGUUUUCUCUUUCUCUUCCUCCCAUCUUUCUCCUUGGAACUGGGGUUACCACUUGGAGAGGCCUCUCCCUUAUAACUGAUAACUUAUCUGUAAACAGAUGAGUAACUCAGGACGCUUCUGUCUGAGAAGCUCCUAGAACAGCAUGAGCAAACCAAAACAAACAUCCACAAACAACAUAGAAGUUAAGAUUGAGUACCAGUUGGAGCUCAGAGAUGUGGCCUGCCUGCCACCGUUUGCAUCACUACUGAUUGCCAAGUGCUAAUGGGUUGUCGUUAAAGUGGGCCAAGUGUAGACAGUGACGUGAAAGUCUCACCUUUGUGCUUCCAGAGUUUAAGUGUGUUGUUACCCCUCCUCUUGCUUCAGCCAGUGGUGAUGUGUAUAUGAACAAUGUUGGCCUUACAGUCACCUCAAACAAGUACCACCGUUCACCUGUUCUGUGUGCUCUGCACAGCAUUGUUUGCUUUAAGUAACACUGUUCAGUUUGGGCCAUGCUCUUUAUCAUGCUAGUGCCCCAGGUUUUAAGAAUAUUUUGGGUUUUUUGGUUUUUUUUUUUUUGUUGUUGUUGUUGUUGUUUGAAGAGACCAUUAAAGAACUACAGCAGAACAGUUGAUUCCAAAUCUUAACCUGUUUAACUUGUCUUGAACAAGUCUGGACAGUUUUCUUACCAUAUAGGUUACCUUAAUUUCUGUCAUGAUUGGCAUAUGUUAAUACUUAGUGUUUUCUUUGUUCAACUGAAAACCAAGAAAAUUAUAGUGCCCUCUAAAAUGUUAAUAUAUUAUCAAAAGGGUUUUGAAAAGAACUUUGAUUUUAGUAAUAUGGUUUAUUCAAUAAUUAGGCAAAAGAUCCAAGGCAGUAUUAAGCUCAAAACAGUAAUUUGUUUCAGAAAGCAGUCGAUGAAUAACAAUUAGCACAGGGCUUGGUACAGAGUAAGCUUUCCAAUAAAUGUUUAGCAAACAACUAACUACAUGGCACUCAACAUAGACCAUGAGAAAUGUUCAUAUGUGUGUGUGUGUGUGUGUGUGUGUGUGUGUUUAUGAAUUUGUUAAAAAAUCUGUGUAGGGUAAGAAUCCCUUUCAAUUUCACACAAAAAAUACAAGAGCUAGGAGGUUUAUAGAACCUAGGCUUAGAAGUAACCCCAUGAUUCCUUUAAGCUUCUUUUAUGCCUUUUUGUGAUCAGCUACGAUGAGAAAAGCUUGGGGUUGUGGGACGGGUUCAGUGGUUAAGUGCUGCUCAAAGGACCCAGGUUCAGUUUCUUGUUCCCCCAGUGCCUGCAGCUCGAAGUCUGGGGAUCUAACACUCUCUUCUGGCCUCCUGACACCCACACACGUGUAACACACACACAGAUACAAAAAUAUGGAAAAUGUGUGUUUAACUCAACUAUGUAUGAUGUAUAUACAUUUCCAUGAAUUUGAUUACUGUAUAUGGAAAUGCACUGGCAUUUGUGCAUCUCUUCCUGGUUUUUCUUCCUUUUCAUUUUUUGUUGUUCCAGUCCCAUGAGUAUUGGGAGAGGCAUAGGAAGAGUAGACUUCCUUCCUUACUCACCAAACUGUAGUUGCUUUCUCUAAUCUAAUUCUAAUUUGUGUAUCUUUAGUAGUUAUACUGAUACAGAAUAAUGCUUAUCUUUCAAGAUCCAAAUCUGGGAAGAGAAAAAACAAUACUAAAAGUCUGUCCAGACCACCAUUUUAGUAGAUAUAGGAAUUUAAUUAACUUAUUGUCAGCACAUAUUAGUAUGUUUUUUCCUGUGUUCUUUAAUUAGAA